AUGGCUUCUACAAGUAAAAGAAAUUCUGCAGUGAGAAUUCAAAAUACAUUUUGCCCUGAAGGUGGAGUCUGCAAGCACGGAUUCCUCAUCAAAUCACCACCUCUUCAACUUUUCAGCUCACAGAAUUCCUGGAAGAGGCGUCUGUUUGUCCUGUCCAAGUCCAGCACAGGGAAUUACAUCCUGAAGUACCUAAAAGGCCAACACGUGAAAGGCUCCAUAGCUGUUGAUCAAAUCAUAAGUAUUCAAGUUGGCAUAAGUGAUGCUGAAGUCAUGGAAACGGUGAGGAAGAUGUUUAAAUGCCUUCCUGAGCAGGUGAUGUCCAUCAGCACUGGAAGCAGGCGUUACUACCUCGUUGGGGACAGCAGGCAGGAAAUAGACGACUGGGUCACUCUGAUAUCUUCAGUCUGCAGGGAGGACAAAAGAAGGGGAUGCUGCCCUCAGAACCAAGAUCUUCCAAACCCAGAAGUCAGAAGCCGGACCUCCUCUUUGCCACUGCUCUUGAGUUCUGUAGAUAUGGCCAGCUUUCCAGACAGGCAGAGCUACCAGAAGGAGAAUGGUUCUACAGAAGACAAGAACAGGCCUUAUUCAGAUCCUGGCCCCCAUCAGGCUCAGUGUGACUCACCAAGAGGAGUUUUCCCAAGCCUGCAGGAUAAAAUUCUGGGAAGAAGUGAGGAAAACCUGCCAUUGUCAGAUCCAGAGGAAAACAUCAAAAAGGAUGAAGAAGAAGAUUAUUACCAAACUCCCAGCAAUGUUUUAGCUAAGUGCACUGCUGAAGUAUCAAAGCCUGACCCUACAGCUGAGACUGAUGUCCCUGUGCAAGAGAAGCCAGUGCAGAACAGCCCAGUAAAGGAGAACAUUUAUAUGUCAAUGAAAUCACUUAAGCUGCUGGAUGAGACAUGCCAGCUCACAUGCAGACGUGAUGGGCUCCCAUCCCCUCCCAAAUGCCAGAGCAACAGUGCAUGUCCAAGAGACUUGGAAGCAGACAAAGGCACAAAAUUCCCAGAAAGCAGCACCAGCCUGCAGCCAGCCCUCCAGAGAAGGCAAAACUCAUUACCCCUCUCAGUGGUUCACUUGUCCAUACUGCUCAGUCAAGUUACAGAUGAGAUGCAGCUGCAGAAACUGGAUAUUUUCGUACCCCUGGUUGAUAUUAACAAUUACCUCAAACUUACUGAAGCAGCAGGACGAAUAUGCAUCUCACAGUGGGCUGGUCCUCUCAGGCUGGGCUGUUUGUUUAACCACGGAGACCACGUGGUGGCUGUGAAUGAUCUGCAGCCCCAGGGUGUGGAGGAGGCUUACUUCUUCAUCAGCAGGUCCACGAGAAAGGAGGUGAAACUUACUGUAUGUAGGAUUCCACAUUCAGAUACCUUCCAUGCUAAAGGCUGCUCAUGUUCCUGAAUAAAAAAAAAGACCUCAGUGAUUAAGUAAGUGCCAAAACUGAAGGGAAAAGAUCAGGGAGGAGAAGGUGAUGUAUGUAGAGAUAAUCA